AAAGUGAAAACUAAAAUUUUGUGGAAAAUCGUGAAUCAGUCCUUUUAAAGGAGUUGAAAUUGAUCACUUUUCGUUAUCUUCACCUUUCAUUCGAGAAACAGAGAGAAAAAUAAUUAUUUUGAAAUCGUGAGUGCUUAUAAUGAGUUUGAUGUUCUCACGCUGUCAGAGAGUGGUGGUCGAGGAAACUUUCUCCGUCUCUUCGUCAAGUAGACAUACUGUACAAAAGCAUAUCAAUAAGUGCUACAUACUUGUUUGAGGUGGACAGGGGGUAUACCUCUGUCUCUUCGGACUCAUUAACCUUCCUCUCCUAGUCCAUUUAUCCCCUCCACCUCCUUCUUUUACUCAUCUUCUUUUCUCCAAGUAAAUGCCUUGACAUCAGUCCUGACUAAGACGAAACAUACAUAGAACGAGUUAAUAUACAAUUCUCGGAAGUUUUCAAUAAAGUCAGAGAAUGUAAGAAAAACAAUGUCUUCCUCCCUUUCCGAGGAUGAGUUUCAUCGGAUGCAGAUUCAACUCCUGGAGUUGAGAACAACUAAUUAUGAACUUGAUGGACAGUGUAAGAAGCAAGAAAGAGAAUUAAUUUCACUGAGGGAAAAAGUUGACUCCUUGGACAAGGAGCUACAGAAAGCAAAUAAGGCUAUCCAGAAAAGCAAGAAAGCAAAAGAGGUCGAGUUGCUGAUACAGGAGAAUGACCAGCUACAGAGGAAGUUACACAGUCAGGAGGAAGAGUUCAGGCUCCAGAACCAGACACUCAUGCAGGAACUCUCUUCUGUUAUAGCAGCCAAUGAGAAUUAUGAGAAAGAAGUCGCAGCUUUUAAAGAGAACAGACCAGCAGAGGAUUCUGGGAAACAGAAUGACCUGGCGGAGCUCGAGAGUCAGAUCAGGAGGCUGCAGGCUGAAAAUGCUGCCCUGCAAAAGAAAUGUACAGGAUCAGAGAAUGGAGGAGAAGGUGAUGAGGAGCGGGGGACAGCUGAAAAUACUACAGACGUUAGUGAAUUAAGUUUGAGUCUUGCCACGGAGAAGGAGGAGAAGAAAUUGUUACAAGAGAAACUGUCUGCCUUAGAGAAAACUUCAAAAGAGAAAAUCCAAAACCUUCAGGAGGAAGUGGAGAAGAAUGCGGACAAACUGAGGAGGAAACAAGAGAGUUACUUACAGUUGCACGCAGAAAAAGAAAGUGUCUUUACAGAGUUAAGCAAGAAGUCAGAUGAUCUCCAGGCCGCAAGAGAGAGAGACCAAAAAUAUUACACGGACCAGAUCAACAAGUUACAGCAGGAGUUAGAGAAAAGUAAAAAGUCUGUACAAGACAUAGAAGACCAGGCCAGCAAACAUAAAACACAGUCAGAACAAACCAUUUCUUCACUACAACAGCAGGUGAAUGCAGCUAACAUUGUGGAAAACCAGCACGUGAAAGAACAGACAGAGAAACUCAAACAGCAAAUGUCACAACUCCAGCAGCAAGUGAUGGGACUGACACAGGCUAAAGAUGAUCUCACUGUGCAGUUACAGGCCAGCAAGACAGCUCAACAAGAAACCUCAGACCAACUUCUGGCCAUGCAGCAGGAACGAGACAAAAGCAUCGAGGACUGGCAGGAAGUCAACAAAGUAGCAGAGAAGCGAAAAACAAUGUUGGAUGAGCUAGCAAACACGUACCAGAGAGAUAACGCAGGGUACCAGGAGAAGAUGCGGGUAUUACAGGAGGAGAAUGAGGCCCACAUGCAGGCUCUCAGAGAGGGGGCUGAAAACGAAAAGUUAAGAGGUUCAGAACUUGAUAAAAUCAAGCGAGAACUUGAAGAAGUGAAGAAAGAUAAGUUGUCUCUUGAUGAGGCGAAAUCUUGGUUGGAGCGUAGACUUGGGGAAACAGAGGAGUCCUUACAAAACCACAUCUCAGAAACUGAAGAGAAGGCUGAACAACACAAGCGAGACCAUGAGAGAAUGGUGGAAUCCCUGGAAGCUGAGCAUGCUCAGAAAAUCAGAGAAAUGACGACUGAACAUAAAGCCAAAAUACAGGAAUGCUGUGAUAAAGAAGAAUCUCUUAGACAGGAACUGACAAGUAGUCAAGGGGAAGUCUCAAAAUUAAAACAGGAGAUUAAAGAUGGUACGGAGGAUAAAAAACUACACGAGAAGAAAGGAAAGACGAUGCUAAAAGAUCUGAAGCGUCAGUUGGUGGCUGAGAGAAGGAGAGCGGAGAAAUUGCAGGACAAGUUACAGGAAGUGCUAUCAGAUAGCCGUGGUAACAAAAGUGUGGAGGAAUUACUGACCACUAAUGAUGGCAAUGACUCACUGGACAGAAGCUCGCUGUCCUCGUGGAGUGCCGGGAACAGUCUAAUCCGGGACUCCAGCAUACUCAGCUCCCCACAGAACAGACUAAUUUGUAAUUGCGAUUUUCUUGUUUUUUACAAGGUGCGUCACUUAGAGACCAGCAAUGCAGCAAUGGCGGAGGAUUUAAUACAGAAAAGCCAAAUCAUACAACACUAUGUCAUGGAGCAGAGAAGAGAAACCAGGCAACCGGUGCAUGAUGACAAAUUAACUCUGAAGAAAGUGAUAGAUUUAGUGAACAAACACGAAGAUCAGAACCUGAAGGAGAUGAAUAGAAAACUUCAAAAUAUGCUGGAAGAGACUUUAACCAAGAACAUGCAUCUACAAGAGAAUCUGGAGAUGAUGUCACAAGAGGUCGUCCGACUGAGUAAAUUGCAGCCAAACAGUGCUUCAAAUGACCAAUCAGGUGGUGCUAGUGCAACCGGAUCAUGACCUUUAAAGGUCACGAUGUGCAAUAGAUUUUAUGUAUGAAUGAGAAUGGUGUGGAUUGAGUGAAUCGACCCUAUGUUUUAACAUAUUUUGAGUGUUAUAUAGAUAUAAGGACAAUUUCUGGUAGGCUUGUAGUGUUGCAAGGUGGUGAAGGAAUAUAUUGGAUGUAAGAUGUGCGUUACUACUAAUUUAGUUGGUGUUUGUAUGUCUGGGUUGUAAGAAAAAAAUUCUUGUUUGAAGUGUAUGUAAAAACUCAGCAGAAUGAAUAUCAAAUUAUCAUGAUAUAUCGAAUGUUAAACACUCAUAUUAGGAGCCUGGAAACUUGUAAUGACAUGCACUGUACUUCAUACUCUCUCAUUAAUAACUCCUUAUUUACCCUCCCCUUGUAACUUGACUGGUACAUGUAUAUGGGGAACCAGUAUACUAUCUCAGUCCACAGAGACUGCCGUUACUUCUCACGAGAAGUCAUGGUCACACUGCGGGGCUCGAGAUAUGUAACGACUGUUUUGUAUUACAGACAUUCGACAUCAGAUGUGAAUUUUAUGGCAAAGUACUCCACAUUUAUAGAUAUUCAUACAUGUAGUAAGAGUGUAACGGGUGUGGUCUCGUUGUAGGGACGUAAAUUGAAGGCAAUACAAACCACGAUAGUUUAUUUAUAUAUUGUUUAAUGUAUUUGUCAAGAGUUAGAGUGUAGCUAAUUGAAAUUACCGGUUGGAGAUGAAAUGACCGGUUGGAGAUGUUGUUAUGACGGAAGAAAAUUAUUCUCUAAAGUUCCUAAAGGUUUUCUGUUCUUCUCGGAAUUAUCAUUCCAAUAUUCCAAAGAAGGGCUCCAGGAAGAAUUGGGUUUUUUUCCUCUUCUCUACUUGUAACUCGCAUAGAUAUUUUUAUUUUGUUUUGUUUGAUGAUGUUGAUGAGAGAAAUACUCCAUAUUUAGUUACUUUGAAUUUGAAAUAAACUUUAAUAUAAUGAUUGAUA